AUGACCAUUCUUGCUGAAAAUCACGCACGUUCAACACACGCCAAGUUAGACUCGUCCUGGGAGACUGCGAUUAUGAGUAUUAAAGGAGGCAAUCAAACCAAAGUAGCAUGGAGUAUCACCUAUACCGAUCUAGAUGGUAACAAAACAACCCAAUAUUUCCAACGCUUUGAGGAUACUCAUGUCUACAGCAAAAUCAUUAAGCUUGUUUGGGGACUCAUCGACAAAGCCAAUGGAUGUGAUAAAACCACCAAGGACUUCUGUUACCAGGAAGUCUUGACCUUGAUGGAAGGACAGGUUGCCACCUAUGGAGAAGGGUAUCUCCCCCAUGAUCUCAAGACAGCCAUCAACGAAAUCAAGGAGUGUUUUGCUUAA